GUUUGUGGCAGUUGAGAACCUGGAUGUCAUGCAUUUACAUGAUAUAGAUAGAUGUUCUUGUUGCCAUUUGAUGAAGGUAAAUAUUAAUUUGUUGACAAUGACAACACCUUUUGACCUUUAUGGCAUAACCCAUAUCAGUAAAAUAUAUUUCCCCCACACCAUCUGGUUUCCUAUCAGACAGAUUCUUGCCUGUGAAUCUGUGAUGCUCUUUUUUAAGGAAAAAGUUUACAGGAGGCUACUUUUUAUAUGAUGCUUGUGUUGGGGAUAAGAACUCUAUCCCCAGGAAAGUAAAGUAGCCUUGUGACCUUGUCCAUAGUCAUUGAAACAAAAACACCUCCUUCUCUCCAUCUGUGCCUCCUGAAAUGGGGAAUAUCUGGAUCGAAGUCUCCAUAAUUUCUGCUCGCGGUCUCCGCCGUACUUCCUCACUAUGGAGGCUUCAAUGGUAUGCUGUAGGUUGGAUUGAUCCUAAUAACAAAUAUUGCACAAAGAUUGAUGCUUCUGGGAAUGCAAAUCCUGUGUGGAAAACCAAGUUUGCAACCUUGGUCGGUGACUCAAACUUGCAGGACAUGGCACUGAAUGUAGAAGUCUACAGUAGAGAGCCUAUUUUUCUGAGAGAGAAGCUUCUGGGGACUGCAACUGUUUCCUUGAAAGAAUUUCUGUCCAACAACCACCAGAAUUCCAAUUCCUCAAGGCCUGGAACUGAAGUAGUGAGCUAUCAACUUCGCCGGAGAAAUUCGGGCAAGCCUCAAGGAUUUGUUGAUGUUUCUAUCCAUAUUUCAGGGGAAAGGGAAGAAUCAAGUUCAUAUCCAGGUGCAGGAAACCAAGGAGGAUUUGUGCUCAUGGAUAUUCAAGGUAGAUCAGGGCAUGCCUACCAAACAGAACAGCCUCCAUCAAAAUCAAAUUAUCCAUUUAUUCAUCCAAUGCCAUACCAGGCCAGUUAUUCAAACCCUAUGGUGGCCGGAUCAAGCCACCCGUCUGCCAGUGGACCGAGCUAUCAGCCACCUCGCCCUCGGACUCCUCCACCACCGCCUCGAAACAUUGGUUACAUACCUACUUUCCUCCCUAGAAGAGAUCAUUCUGGAGAGAAUUAUGUGAAUAUGUCAUCAUCUGUAGCAGCACCUGGAAGAGGAGGGGCAAGACCUGGUUUUGCUCUGGGGGCAGCUGCCGGAGCACUUGUUGCCGGUGCAGUCAUCUUUGGUGAUGACUUCAUGUCUGGAUUUCAGGCUCCUGCAGGCUUUCAAGAUGCUAGUCUUACAAUAACAACUGAUCCUCCAUUCUGAUAACAUAAGUUACAAUUUCCUGUAAUCAUCCUUUACUGCUAUAAUCAUAUGGCACAUGUUUUUUCUUCUCCUUUUACAAAAUAAAUGAGCUUUCUCACAACUU